AUGGCCGAGAGCUCCCUCGUUCCGCCUAACAGCAGCUCGCUCAGCGACAGCAUCGUCGGUGGCGUCCUCCAACGAGUAGUUCCACUUCACGGUCAGCGCGCACCAAUAAAUGACAGGAGCUUCCAGAACCACAAGCGUCUUCGAGUCCGCGACGACACAGAGCAAGCGCAAGAAACGAGACCGGUGACCCCCGCGCGCAAGAUGAAGGUCUCGGCUUCGAGGCGCGAGCGGUGCCGGGUCAACCAGGCCAAGUACAGGCAGAGACAGUGGGAGCACGCGGACGAGCUCGAAGCCAGCAUCAGUGAACUCAAAGAAGCGAUCAAAGAUCUCGAAGACCAGCGCGGGGUCAUUUUGGCCCGCAUCCCGACAAACCCGAGCCUCUGGGUCGUGGCGACCGAGUACUUCCGACUCUUCUCUCGCGGCUACAUGAUGCCGCUGCUAGUGUCGGACCUAUCGUCUUUCGAGGCGGAGGUUCACCACCCAAAGGAAAUUCACGCACAGCUUACCUUUCUUAAAGAGACGAUGGCGCUGGAUGUGACGGACGGGGAUGCAUGCGGGGUCGAGGCCAUUCUCGAGAUGUGGAGGCUCUUCUCGCUUCAUCAUAGUGACUUGGUCAGCGACGAGUCGGUCCUGGCAACGACUUCGACGAGAAUUACCAUUACCGAUCACACAGUUCGCGCUUUGUAUCCGCACCUCCUGGAGACAGAAGCUCGUGGUCGGUUUUCACUGGCUGGGAUGUUGCUGAAUAAGCGUUUGGUGAUACAAGGAACGGUGCGCUUCGACUGGGACGAAACGAGCGGCCGGGUGGUGCGUUUGGAGUCCAAGAUGGACAUGGUGACGCCGCUGCUGAAAUUACUUGGGGCCCUCGACAAGGUGGCUGCAGUAUUUGAUAACGCUCGGAUCACUCCGGAAGGUAGCGUCAUCUCGAGCAAGCAGGAAGGCUUGUAG